CAUGUAAAGCACUUUGAAUUGUCUCUGUACUGAAAUGUGCUAUACAAAUGAAUUUGCCUUGCCUUGUCUGUAAUGCAAAUGGCACUGGCAAAAACAACUUUGACAACAGUCAUUUUACAAGCUUAAUCUGCUACUUUAACAGGAAUUGACCAGACACGCAGCUGCCUUUGCCGUGGAUGUUCGUGAAACAUGCUGUCUUUCUCGGGGUAAUACCAACAGGAUUAUACAGAAAACCCAGCAGUUACAAAUGGCUGUAGUAGGAACCUUGCAGGACAGAGUGAUGGAUGUCUUUGAUAGACAUGACCCUUCAGUCAGCAUUAACCAGCUCCGAAAUGAGAUUUUGGCAACGUUUGAGGGUUUUCCAGAUCCAUUUUCCAACUUGACUACAACUUACAUGCAGGACCAAACCAUUGAGGAACUUUUUAAACCAGUGGAACCAGAGGAGGUUGUAAUUUCACAAAGACUGUGUAGAGUUAAGCGAGGCUCUUCAAGGGUUCUUACCAUUAGAAACAAAGUUUUUUUCUAUGUUCCUCUCAUCAAGAGUCUACAACAACUGCUAUCCAACCCUAGAAUUUUUAGCAUGGUCAGUAAUCCACCAGAAAAUUGUAACAAAAAUGGAUAUCUCCGUGACAUUGUGAAUGGCAGCCUUUUCAGAACUCAUCCAUUGUUUUCUGUUAAGCCAACUGCUUUACAGUUAAUUUUGUAUUCUGAUGAAAUAGAGAUUUGCUCCCCUCUUGGACCCCAGGCCUCUAUGAACAAGUUACUCAUGUUUUAUUAUACUGUAGGAAACAUAAACCCCAGGUUUAGGUCUAAGCUUGCUGCCAUAAGACUUCUUGCCAUUGCCAAAGCUAAGGAUAUCUCAGAGGCUGGUGCUGAUGUUAUAUUAAAAAGAAUUGAACAGGAUUUGAAGGAACUGUACAACGGUGUCAACAUUCAAGUUGGAAAUAGUGAGACUAUAUUAUAUGGUGCAGUAAUAUCAAUAUGUGGUGAUACCCUUGCUCAGCAUGACCUGGCCGGGUUUAAAUCUGGAGUUGGGUUUGCUUUCAGUAAGUGUAGGCAUUGUGAGUGUGACUUUGAGACAAUGCAAAACCAAUUUGAUGAAAAUAGUUUUACCCUAAGAACAUUACAAAAUCACAUCAGACAGUGCAGGGAAAUAGAGAGGGCCAGUACAGACUCUCUUAAAAAUGCCCUCAUGACUACCUAUGGUAUAAAUAGAAGGAGUAAACUUCUAGAUUUUCCAGGCUUUGAUCUUAUUCAACAAACCCCUCAAGAUAUAAUGCACAUCAUGCUUGAGGGUGUUGUGCAACAGGAAAUAAAAUGUGCAUUAAAGCACAUUAUUUUUGUCAGGGCAUAUUGA